CUUGUGUUUAGGACUCUUGUUUUGUAAUGUUUUCUAUUCCUAAUUGUUUCAGUGUUCACAUUCUUUUGCUCAGUUCUUUUUACAUCUUCCAAUUCUCCUACUGUAAAAGGAGAGCCACUGGAUACCAGCGCAUCGUCCAUAAAGUCAGCAAACUAAACAUACUCUCUCCUCCUGGAAGCCAUGACUUUAUUGGCUUAUUUAGCCUAUAGCGAAAGAAGUCUUUCAAAGUUAUAUUGUCUAUAGGAUCUUGAUAAGACAACUCUGUAAACCUGCGGAUGUACUCCUCGAUCGAGAGUUCAUUCUGCUGAAGGUACAGGAACUGGUUGAGCGGGUUCACGACUGGUCUGGCUCUCGUUCGUCUGCUGGAUCUGUGAAAGCAUUCUGUUAUGAACUCGGAGGCUUAGACGGUGGAUCCAAAUGCAGUGUUUAUUGAGAGAAAUCCACAGGAGCAGUCAAAAACACAUGGUGGUCAGAGUCCAGUAAACAGGGUUGAAAAUCACAGGAGAAUGAGUCUCUAUGAGAAAAGAGAGGAGGAGGAUGUUGAUCACUACCAAAACCAGGAAGCAGCGGAGGACGGAUGUGUGUCUGUGAAGAGUGAUAGAUCCAUGGAAAACCCUCUUAACUGUAGGGAGGGUAGGGAUGGAACUGUGGCCUUUAACCCCAGAGAUGAUCAGACUGGAGUCCUGCAGCAGGAUUCUGUCCAAAAAGCAGAUGAUGGACUAUGGAGAGCCAAAGACCAACACAAAAUCAGCAUGAAGAACAAAUAUGAGAGCUUAUUUGAGAGGAACAGAAUCUACACACAACUCCGUAUCAUACAUGGAGAGAGUGAAGAAGUGAAUGAAGAACAUGAGGUGUUGCACAUGGAGAAAACGUUAAGAUUACAAGACACUCAAAUCAACUGCAAUAACAUCUUUAAAGACCUACCUGGACCAGGACGUGAGAAGGAAGGCAAAAUAAAGGCAGUUCUUACCAAAGGCAUGGCUGGAAUUGGAAAAACGGUCUCUGUGCAGAAGUUCCUUCUGGACUGGGCUGAGGGAAAAGCCAAUCAGGAUGUAGAUUUCAUGUUUGUUCUUCCAUUUCGAGAGCUGAACCUGAUUCGAGAUCAUCAGUACAAUCUUCACAGACUUCUGCUUGACUUUCACCCUGAACUUCAAGAUCUGAACUCAAAGAUCUAUGAGGAGUGUAAUGUUGUGUUCAUCUUUGAUGGUCUGGAUGAAAGCAGAAUUACGCUGACGUUUUCAGACAGUGAGAACGUUUCAGAUGUUACUGAGACCUCCUCAGUGGGCAUGUUGAUGUCAAACCUCAUGAAAGGAGAUCUGCUUCCCUCUGCUCUCAUCUGGAUCACCUCCAGACCAGCAGCAACCAGUCAGAUCCCCUCCAAAUACAUCAACCGUGUGACAGAGAUUCAGGGAUUCAAUGAUCCUCAGAAGGAGGAAUAUUUCCGGAAGAGAAUUGGUGACGAGCAACAAGCCGGCAGAAUCAUUUCACAUAUUAAAAAAGCAAAAAGCCUCCACAUCAUGUGCCACAUACCCGUCUUCUGCUGGAUCUCAGCCACUGUGCUACAGCAGCUCUUAAAAGAAGAUCUCAGUUCAGAAGUCCCUCAAACUCUGACUGAAAUGUACAUCCACUUCUUGCUCACUCAGAUAAACAUUGGAAAUCAAGAAUACAAAGAGAGAGAUCCAGAGAAAGUCCUGCAGUCCAACAGAGAAGUGAUCGUUAAACUUGCUGAACUGGCUUUCAAACAGCUGAUGAAGGGCAAUGUGAUGUUCUAUGAGGAGGACCUGAUUGAGAGCGGCCUAGACGUCACUGACGCCUCGGUGUAUUCUGGGAUUUGCACUGAGAUCUUUGAGGAAUCUGUGAUUCAUCAGAGGAAAGUCUACAGCUUCAUCCAUCUGAGCUUUCAGGAGUUUCUAGCCGCUUUGUAUGUAUCUUACUCCCAUGUGAUGAAGAACAUGGAACCAUUGCAGUUGUUUCUGGAUGAUAAACAUGAGAGGGACAGACCUAAGAGAAACAGGUACAGAUUUAAGAAAAUCUCUUUGUUUCAGCUACUAAAAUCAGCAGUUGAUAAAACUCAUCAGAUUGAAAAUGGGCACCUGGAUCUUUUUCUGCGGUUCUUGCUGGGCAUCUCACUAGACUCCAAUCAGGAACUCUUAAAGGAUCUUCUGCCACAAGCAGAGAACAACUCAAAGAACAUCAAAGGAUUCAUGCGGUACAUUCAAGAGGAAAUCAAGAGAAAUGACAAUCUUUCAGCCAACAUAUCCAUCAAUCUGUUCCUCUGUUUGCUGGAAAUGAAUGAUCAGACUCUGUAUCAAGAGAUUCAGGAGUUUGUGAAAUCAGACAAACACUCCGAUAUGUAUCUCUCUGUUGCUCACUGCUCAGUGAUAGCCUAUGUGCUUCAGACGUCAGAGGAGGUGCUGGAUGAGUUUGACCCUAUGGAAUACAAAACAACAGAGGAGGGUAGAUGGAGACUGAUACCAGCUGUGAUGAACUGCAGAAAAGCUCUACUUGCUAGAUUGCGUCUUUCUGUUCAGCAGUGUGACAGAUUGUCUUUAACUCUACGAUCAUCAAACUCUUGCCUGGAACAGCUGGACCUGAGUAACAAUAACCUGCAGGACUCAUCAGUGAAGCUGCUUUCUACUGGACUGAAGAGUUCGCACUGUCACCUGAACAUACUGAG